AUGGCGGGUGCAGCGAAGGCAUCGUGGAUGGUGGCGAUGAGCGUCGGCGCGGUGGAGGCGCUCAAGGACCAGGCCGGACUCUGCCGCUGGAACUACGCACUCAGGUCCAUCCACAGGGCCGCCAAGGCCAAGGCCAGCGCCCGCGCCGCCGUCUCGCAGGGCAAGAAGCAGCUUCCUGCCUCCGCGGCGGCGGUUGAGGAGAAAUGGCGAGCGGAGAAGGCGGAGGAGGGGUUGAGGACGGUGAUGUACCUCAGCUGCUGGGGACCUAAUUAG